AUGGUCACACUAAAUGCCCUCUUGUUGGAUCGGAAGCGGACAACUGUGGAAUGUUUUCUACGGUCGAUUUUGCGAGAUGACCCAAGUGGUAAGAGCGCGAAAUUACUGACCGGAAGGUCCGUGGUUCGAAUCCCACCUCUGCCUCUCGACUUCCCCUGUCUAGGCUUGGGCAGCCUGGAAGUAUCCCAGCCCUCGUGCUUCCUUAGGGCAACUGAAUGUGGUGCACCAGGCCGCCCCAUGUUUCAGUUGGUACGAUAUUCGAGAUAUCGCGAUACAGCUACAUUCUCGAGUCUCCAGUUCAAAGCAGGUUGGUGUACAAAUGAGUGUAUUUUGCGCAUUCCAUACAAUUUUGUUUCAACCAGGCUGACUGAUGGACUGAUGAGCCUGAAGAAGGGCGAAGCUGAUCAUGGGCUGUCGAGUUCCCAUAAACGGAUCAAAACCCAUCGUUUUCGAAAAUGCUUGGUAACAAUCGGUAGAUUUAUUCUGGGCAACAAAUCAACCGACUGUCGCCAAACUUUUCCAAAUACGAUGGGUUUUGAUCCGCAACGGGGGCGAGAUGAACCAAGCUUGGGCGACCUGACAGUAUCCCAGUCCUUGUGCCUCCUUCGUGUAGCAUGGCAGCUAGGCACCGGAAGUAUGUUACAUUUGAACGAUUUUCUUUGCUGGGCGUCGUUUUGCUCUUGA